CUGAGUCCUUCAAUGCAAAACAAUUUCCCGCUGGAAGAAACUUCAAUUUCCAUGGUUGUAAGCAGCGGUUUCGGAGCAGAUCCUCUUCUGGGCUGCCCAUUAAUUCUCCUCUUAAAUGAAGCUCGAGUUUCGCCAUGGAUUCUCGAUUUUUUCUUGCAUUUUCUCUUUGUUUCCUCUGUUCAUUCCCUCUAUUUGCUCGCUCCGCCAAUCGAUUGCCGAAAUUACUCUUGGACGACACGAAAACGGAAGAUUCUGUUAUUAGGAUGAAAAUGGACGGUUCCUCCAUUAAAAUCGAUCCCACUCGGGUCGUUCAGCUUUCAUCGCAACCCAGGGCUUUCUUGUACAAGGGAUUUCUGUCUGCAGAGGAGUGCCAGCAUCUUAUCGAUUUGGCGAAGGAUUACCUAGAGCAAUCAUUGGUGGUCGAUGACAUUACGGGUGCAAGUCGUUCGAGUACUGACCGGACGAGUACCGGCAUGUUUCUUUAUAAGGCUCAGGAUGACAUAGUUGCUGGCAUUGAGGCCAAGAUUGCUGCAUGGACGUUCCUUCCCGUCGAUAAUGGGGAGCCUAUACAAAUACUAAGGUAUGAAAAUGGUCAGCAAUAUGUACCACAUUUUGAUUUUUUUCAAGAUCCAGUUAAUGUAGCUGCUGGUGGUCAUCGGAUAGCCACAGUCUUGAUGUAUUUGUCCAAUGUUGAAAGGGGUGGAGAAACUGUCUUUCCCGAUUCUCCGGCUAAAGUAUUCGAGGAGGAGAACAAGGAUUUGUUCGAUUGCUCUACGACCGGUUAUGGAGUUAAGCCAAAGAAGGGCGACGCUCUACUAUUCUUCAGUCUCCAUCCAAACGUGACGACAGACCCGACGAGCUAUCACGGGAGCUGCCCAGUGAUAGAGGGGGAGAAGUGGUCUGCAACAAAAUGGAUUCACAUGCUACCAGUAGAUGAGAUUUGGAGGAAUCCAGAUUGUGUGGAUGAGAAUGAGCACUGUAGUGCAUGGGCCAAAGCAGGUGAAUGUGAAAAGAACCCUGGUUAUAUGGUGGGUUCUUCCUUGGGUUCUAAGGAAGAACUUGGAUAUUGUAGGCUUAGUUGCAAAGCCUGCUCUCCUCCCUCAUAAACAAAUGCUCACAUGCCUCCUUAUUUAUACACAAAUUUGAGGUUAGAGUUCUUUCUUUCUUACACGCACACAUGUAAAUGACAUUGACAACUUUCAUUUGAUAUAUAUAUA